AUGAGUUUGCUCUCAUCUACGGAUGAUCUUGUAAAACAAUAUGCCAAAAAGUUGAAAAGAGACAAAGAUGUUGAGAAAACUUUAAAACUUUUAUCUACAACGACUGUUUCAUUGGAUGUUUUGAGAAAACACAAUAUCAAAAAUCUGGUGAGAAAGUAAGUUUUGCCAAAAUUAGUUUUAAAAAUAGAUGAUUGGUUUUUAUUUUCCAGAUAUUUGAAGGAUCGUAAUUUUAAUAUUAGAUAUCACGCCAUAAAAGUGAAAAAUAUUCUGAAAAAACUGAAAGAGGAAGAGUAAGUGUUACUUUUCAAUUCAUAUUCCUACGAAAAAAUAUAUGUUUAAGAGAAACAAAUGACAAAGAUUUUGAGCUAUAUUGCAAGAUAAAAUCAGACCAAGAAGAUUUGGGAUUGGAGUUGAGCUCGGAAGAUGAGGAAGAAAUACAAGAGGAGCAUGUAGAAAAGAACCGCAGACGAGAGAAUGAGCCGCCAAUAAUUCCAGCGGUAAUUUGAAAAAAAUUGAUUCGGGCUUAAUCAAGAAAACAAAUUAUAGAAAAAAGUGCCAAUUUUUUGCGACAUGUUUGAAGCGAAUGGUAAACCAAAGGGAAAUGCUGAAAGAAAACGUUUGGAUGAAAUCAAACCGAAAAACCCUGAUGCCAUGACAGCUCCUUCAUCACAAAAAAAUCAGAAAAAUAACAAAGAUGGCGCGAAGAAAGAAACCGAGCAACAGGUUAUACAUAAUCCCAAAAUUGAGAAAUGUAUGUUUUUUUGAAAAUGAUAAAUUCAAAAAUCGAAAAAAAAUUUCAGUCGAUGAGGAGCAAAUGUUCAAGCCUAGAAAAGAUAUCCAAAAAGUAUUCGCGGGAAGAAAAAAGACUGUCGAAGAGAUUUCUUCUCCUGAAAAAUUAGAUAACAGCUCUAUGAUGCGCAAUCCAAAUAAAUGUGAGUUUGAAAAAAAUCAUGUUUCUACCACAAUUUUCCUGACUCGAUCAAUAAUUUCCUUUUACCAAAUAUAUUAGUUUGAAUAUACGUCUCCUUCCUCUCACUAAUUCUUUCUAUAUUUUCGACACUAUCUCACCUACUUUACUUCUCUAACAUUGUGUCCCCCUCUUUUCUUCAUGGUUCCAAUUAUUUUAUUUUAAAAUAACUUAAAGAUUUCCUUAUUAUUUUUUCCUAUUUUCAUCCGUUUUCGCGAGUAGGUUAGGUUUAGGUUUUAUACUCGAGCAAAGAGGCAUCACUGAUGAGACCUACCUCUUUACCGUCUGAUGUAAGCUUAACACGGCUCUUCUGCAUCUUUCAAUUUAAUUCAUUUCUUUUCCUAUUUCUUAUUUAGUUAAUUUUUUUGAAAAAAAUAACUGUUUUCCAAAGUCAAUAAUUUAUAACACCCGGCGUUAUUUCUAAACGGAGUCCUUGUUGCUUUAUCAAAAUUCAUAUGAUCUGUUUCAGUGGUUCGCUGUUGCAGUGAUGCUCCAUCCAACCUUAUUCGACCUGCUUCUGAUAGUUUGAGCAAUGAAAACAAAAUAUCUUUGAUCAAACAAAACCCAAAGAACGAGGAAAACGAUAGUGUCUUUGAGAAGAUGACAAAGCAAAGUUUUCCACACGUUGAGCAUCUUCCGAAAGAGUUUUCCCAUUGGCGUGAAUACUUUGCGAAAUUGAAAAAAGAGAAACAAGAAGAGGAGAAUGCAAAAUUGGCAAAGUUGACUCAAAAAAUUGCAAAUAAAGCGUAUGAGCGUUCUGAUAAUAAAAGAAAAACGGUCAGUUUCUCAUUGAAAUCAUCAAAAAUACCAAUCUUUAUAAUUUAUAGAAACUAAUCGACGAAACUCAUUUUUCAAAAUUUGGUCGUCAAAAACAAUCAAAACCUAUCAUGUCGUCUCCUCUCAAAAUAAUGCCUUCUGCAAAAACGGUCUCUGAAGCUAGAAAAGCUGUUGGAGGAGGAGAUAGUUCCAAACUCAAAGCGUUACAACCAGCCGUCAUUGGCAAAUCUUUGAACUUUGGAGCUUCAAAAUCGAAAUUUACCUCAACAUCUGGUAAAAGCAAAACAGUUGCACCACUCAUGGCUAAAUGCAUGAAAAUGGCUGGUCGUACCAAGUUGAAAUAA